AUGCUAAUUAAACCAGAUGGCUCCAAGAUCUUCAACCAGGAAGGUUGCAAUUCUUCUCACUCCGCUGGCACUUCUCUUGAAGUUCCAUUUGGAGACGCAGAACACCUCAUACUUGAUAUUUCUCUUGAAUAUAGAUGGAGCGUGGUUAACGUCAAGUACAGCAUAGUCGGUCAAACACUUGACUCAGGUUUGUAACCCAUGGCAUACCACACAUGUAUACUUGCAUAAUAAUGAAUACAAAAUCAAUCAUAUAUACCUUAUCAUUCCCAAAAUUGUGUUAACCUAUCACUCCGGUAGGGAUCAUUUUACGUUUCUGGGAAACUGCCCACCUACCCCUCCCCUACAUUUUGCCCUAAGUAAGAACUAAGCGUUUAGUUAAUGUUGGUUUAGGGCAGGGGUAGGUGGGCAGUUUCACAGAAACGUAAAAUGAUCACUUAUUCAUCUUCCUUGGCAGAAAAGGUUAAAGUUAAGUUGAGGGGACUGUUUUGUAGCAUAAAUCCUUUUCAAAAAGCUUUGUUUUCAUUUUUAUUCACUUCAUUUACGAUUGAAUGAUAAAGAUGACAUAUAACGUAAAUACACGAUCGAGUAAAAGAAGAAUAGAAACGGCACAAAAUUAACACAAGGUAUAAUUACAGUGUUUGUUAAAGCUCUUUCAAUUUUUUUUGUGUGAUAGAUACGAAACAAGUUAACAAACACAGAAAAAUGCGGUCUGUGAAAAGAUGCUCUACAAAAGCGUACUCGGAAACUUCUCAAUUUAUGCUAUUCAUACUUUAAGACCCAAGGGAAUAUUUGUAUCCGAAACAUUAUUUAGCAUUAAAAUAUUGAAUCGUGUAGUACUACUUUCGGCACAAUUAACUGUAACAACAAUUUGUUCCUUGCAGUUGAUGUUAUUUAACUCUAAACGGCAGAGGUUGAGCUAUUUUCAGUACAAAAGCUCUAUGGUAAAGCUCCCAUGAAGUAAUCUUUCCGCGUAUAGUACAGGUCUGCAAUACCACGGAAUACGAAGAGCAUGCCAUUGCGAUUUAUUCAACUGCGAGGAUCAUUUCCACUUCAUAUCGUUAUCCGCAGUUCAAAUUAUGCGUCAUUUCAUAUUAUUUCUAUCCAUGUAUUUUAAUAUUAAAAUAUUAUUAUCAUUUAUUUUAUAUUCUAAGCGGAAACUGUCUCCUCCUGGAAUAUAACAGUAUCCAGUAUAACCUCAUCUUCAGCGUUGGUAUAUUGGCCAAACCUUCCACUGCCGCAGUCUGUCAGUUACUAUUUGGUGAGGUUCAAGGAGCUCUCCAACAACGUCAGUAGGCUUUUUAAAGCCAAUAGCAACUCCCAUUACACUAACCUGCUCAGGAGUUUUACAGCCUAUGAAGUCCACGUAUUCGCUGUUACGUCAAGCGGAGAGAAUGCUACAUACGCAAGCAAUGCAGUCUCCAUAGUAACGGUAGAAGGAGGUAAGGACCUCUAUCAGCGUAUACAAUUGGCUACAUUACACCACCAAUGACGAUUCUUCAGCAAAAACACAAGACAUUAAUUACCACGAUGUACAUAUCAUGAAAAAUCAAGUCACCCGCCGAUAAUUCCGACACUUGUCAUAGCUACAACACUCAUCACGGUCACAACACUCGUUACAGUCACAACACUCGCUAUAGCCAAAAUACUUGUCACAAUCAAAACACUCGUCAAAUUUACAACACUCAGCGUCACAACACUCGUCAGAGCCACAGUACUCGUCAUGCAGUGUUCAACAUAUUCCUGCAUUGGUGUGAAAACAGCAGCAAUGAGGAGCUGUAAUCGGUCUGUGUUGCACUUCGGUUUAAAUCAUAUUUGAAAUGUUUAUCAGGUUUUACAGGCCAGAAAUCCUAAUAAAAGCCAGAAAAUGCACGAUCCAGAGAGUCCACAUUUUGUUAUAGGAAGUACCAGAAAUACAAAUAGCACUAUGCUACUUUACCGAUUAGCUCAGUUGGUUGGUGACAAAACUUUCGGGAUUUUAAAAGAACUCAGAAGAUUUUUUUUGUGUGUGUGUGUCAUUUGCUUGUAGACACCUGCAAAACUUUUGGGCAGGUUCAAACCCUGUUUUCCUAAGCUACUCUGUGUUGGCAUUACCACAAAUCAGUCUCGCUGUAAAACCAUUGUUUCCAUAAUUGACCCCGUGAAGAUGAAAAAAAUUCUAAAAGGCCAUUCCAUUGAAACCCUUAUCUUACUGCCAGCAGGAACUAAGAACUAGCGGUUACGACCUCAAUCCUCAAAUAAUCUACAUUUCAUUUAGUUCCCAGCCGUGCACCAUCGAAUGUCAGAGUUGAAAACCAUGGGUUGAAUGAGUUCUUGGUUAUAUGGGACCCCCUUCCUAUCCAGUACGCCAAUGGCCGCUUAUUAGGGUACAACGUUUACUACAAAAGUCCCCAGUACUACUACUAUUCGGACACCAUUGUUAGAGUCAACAAUACAAAUAUACCGCGAGCAAUUCUGCCGAAUGUUCGGCCUGGAGAACGUUACCAAAUUUCAGUGGCUGCUUUCACUGCUGUUGGAACCGGACCGAGGUCAUCCCUUGUCUAUGAGACGAAAGGUAAAUAUACGUUUCUCACUAACUCAUUAGGGUGACAAUUUCUACUUUGUUAAACAGUACCCAUUUCUUUCGGAUGCUUAUCUGGCUCAAAAUUUGAUUUGACUUUCCAAAGAUUUUGCCGGCUUUAUAAAUAACUUUGUGAUUAAAAGUUAGCGCAUUGAACGUGAGAAAAGAAAGAGCUACUCAUAGACUAGGGUUGUUCUUUUGCAAGCCAGGGUUGUCUUAUCUGCCAUACUGGCUCUUAUCAAAAGGGGUUCUGCGUAAAUUAUGACUACAAGAUUAAAAAUAAUAAUAAUAAUAGUAAUAAUAAUGAUAAUAUUAAUAAUAAUAACAAUAAUAAUAAAAAAUAAAUUAAAAAAAUUAAAAAUAAAUUUAAAAAUAUGUAGAAAAAUAAAAAAAAAAAGUCGAUAAAAGAGAAAUUGCGUAUAUUUAGAAAAAUCAUAAUUUGUUACUCCGAACAAGGGAGCUACUACGGUAAGUUACGCAAGUGUAUCGAUACGAAAAGCUAAUGGCUAAUGAAGUCUAAGCUGAGAAAGUUAGCUUUUCCACUAGCCUCCCACGCAAACGUUCUUAGGGGUUCGUCACUCGUUCCUACCCCACGAACGUGGGAGAGGAAUGAUUGCGUGACGAACCCGUACGAACGUCUGCGUGGGAGGCUACUUCCUCACCCGUUUUAUUAGCGUUGACUUAGGGCUCGUUACAUGAAUGUCGUCCCUUUGUCUUGUCUUGUAAGUAUGAAUGGUGCGAUUUCUGAUAUAGAAAUGAGGAAUUUAUUAAUUUACAUUUGCGGAAUUUGCCUUGUUUCUCCAAAUCCACCCAGCUGAUUCUUCGACAAGAGUUUGUCUGUGGUGUAUGAUAUGUUGCACAGAUACUUUUGGAGACUGAAUUAACCACCAAAAUAAAUGGGCCAUUUUAGAAAAACGAUAAAUAAAGUAAAUAUCGUUCUCUAAUACGCAAUUACAGUUACUUUAAUUAUCUUUCUUUUAUGUAUUGUCUUGUUUUAAGGUUGUGAAGGUUCUGUGAAUCAGUCGUUUGGAUGGCUAAAUUUCACGCAAUCGAGCUACAACACCCUCACCUGCAGUAUUCAAAUAAAUGAUGAGGGUGCAAUCCAAGGAGUCGUCGUAGUCUCACUGAAGUACAUUUACCUCUAUUAUUGCAGGUAAGCGGAAUUGUUCAUUGUAGAUCAGAAAUCACGAAGGCAAUGUGACUCAAGGAAAAGAGUCAAAGGAAAUUGUCAAAUCCAAGAACGUUUAUAGCAAUUAUCUUUUAGUUGAAGAAAAACGAUAGGGCUCAAAAUAGACAUUUUAUCGAUCGCCGUACAUCAGUUUUGUAGUCGUUAAAUAUCAUUUUGUGGUGUAGGUGUUACGUCAUAGUUAUCUCACCCAUCCACACCACCAAGAAACUACUUUAGAAUUCUUGUUUUUUUCUCUUAUUUAAAUAUCCACAUGAUUUUGUCUCAAUCACUUUGAUUUCAUUGCCAGUUUUCUAAUUAAAUAAUAAUUAGUCGCGUUCACAAAGCAUUUGAGUCGCCUCAUUUCUUAUUCUCUGCAGCGAGUUUAUCAAGAUUUAUGACAACACUGGCAACGAGGUUUUCCGUCGAAGAGGUUGUGAUUCGUCUACUAGCGGACAGUCGGUUGAACUUCCCUUUGGGGACGGGAGUAGCAUAACAUUGGCGGUCUCUCUUUCACACCGAUAUAGCUACGCAAGAAUUCAAUACACGGUGAUAGACAAAGCCCAAGACUCAGGUAACAAGACCCUAUGACAAGUUUGCUGGAAAGAUACUUGAAAAGUAAACAUAAAAAAAUUAAAAAAAAAAAAAUGAUGAGGAAAGGUUGCACCUCUCUCUCAGCUCUCUUAAAGUACUCUAGUGGGAGUAGGAGGUAUCGUACACGUCCGAAGAUAUCUUUAAGGGAACUGAUAAAUUACAUGUACUUUACAAAAUAACUGUUUGACAGUAUUUUUCUUUGAUUAUUCAUCCACAGCACAAGUUGUGUCUUCAUGGAAUGUUACCAUCACCAGCAAGACAUCAUCAUCAUUGACAGUACGGUGGUCAAACUUCCCUCCAAGUGUUCCAAUCCAGAGUUUUUUAGUGAAGUAUAAGCAAAAAAGUUCAAACGUCAGCUUGAUCUACCACGUCUCAUAUCGGUAUAACUCACACCACACUGGGAAUAUACUUAAAGGGUACACUUUUUACGAGGUCAAUGUCGUUGCCGUAGCGAAUACUUCGGGGAAUAGGACACUGUACUCCAGUGGGGCAAUAACUGCAAGAACUAACGAAGGAGGUAAAUAUGCCAAAAUAUAACAAACAAACGAACAAACAAAAAUCAAUAAAGUACGAUGAAACAGCAAAACAUACCGGUCCGUACGAUGCUCGAAUUAAAAAGAAAGUUUAACUGCAGUAUCGAUUUCAAAAAGCCUUUUCUGCAUUUGAAAUUUUCAUUGAACCUCUCUGGAUUUACUCUUCAAUACAGACGUUCGUUUGGUUCGCUAUAUAAGGGGGCGUUUACAUGAGAAAACUCGCACCGGCGCGAGUUUCAUAUCAGGAUGACUUUUCGAUUUCUUAUCACGAUUUCGUACCGGAGUGAAAUUCUCGCCCCAGUACAACAACCGGGGUUAACUCACGCCGACAUGAAAUUUUGUGGUGGUAUCAUGUAAACAAUAUAGAGCCGUGAGAAGGAACCGGAGUGGACUCGCGCCGGCGCGAAUGUCGCCCCGGUGUCAUGUAGACACCCCCUAAGAAACGCUGCCGAAAUCGUUUUGGAGCGACGCACGUCAACUGCAAGGGAGUCUUCUACGUCUUUCAAUAUUUCUUGAAGUUACAGUCAAACCUCAUCAAAUGGGCGCUAAAUGGACAGAACCAAGUGUCCCUUUUACAGAGGGGUCCGUAUUAUAGAAGUAGGGAAUGUAUGAUUUUUUGGCAUUUCUGGGACCAAACUAACUGUCGGUAAGGAGAAGUUAGACUGUAUCAAAUUUGUACUCGCUCGUGUCUUCGUGGGAGGCUUAACACUUAAGCAAGUUUAACAGUUAAAGAACAAAACCUUGUCCGGGAUUUAUGAUAAGAUAUCAUUUAUUGUUAUUAUUUUUAGUUGAGAGUCAUUUCUGCACUACUAUCCGAGAAUUUUUGGCCCUAUUCCCAAAAUGCCCGAGAACUUUGUUUGUUUGUUUAUUUGUUUGCUUUUUAAAUUAUUGUAGCUUGGGAACGUAAACACUUAUCACUUUAACCCCCCCCCCCCCCCCCCCCCUUAAAAAAAAUGUGUCCUUUUAAAUUAUAUUUAAUUAGUCAAGUAUAUAUAACCUUUAAUUCUUUGUAGAGAUUAAGUGUCACUUGCACGUUAGGUACCCCUGGUAACCAUUUUAAGGUUUUUUUUUUAUGUUUCUCCUUUUGUUCGUACCUUCUCACCAAUACUGUCAUUUUGCUAAUUUGCUAAUUUUCACAGUACCCAGCAUUGCACCUUCGGGUUUACGAGUUUCUAGGCUGCAGUUCAGUGAAUUAAAGGUGCAAUGGAAUCCAAUACCUCAGCACAGUGUAAAUGGGCGACUGCUGGGAUAUGUAGUCAUCUACCAAGAGUAUCCCUAUUGGUAUAGCACCCAAAACGUCAACACUAGUAUAUUUGGUCAGUAAUUAGUUAAUUUACAGUAUCAUAUACAGUCGUUGACUCGGGGUGUGCAUCGCAAGAGAUCAUACACCUAUUUGAACUAUAAUUGAUUGUCUGUGUUUGUUUUAGUCCCCAGUAGGGCACCGUCUAAUGUAAGAGUGUCUAACGUACGGUUUGAUCAAGUUAAAGUGCAGUGGUAUCCCAUCCCUCAUCAAUUUGCUAAUGGGCGUCUCCUCGGAUACACUGUUUACUAUUACGAGUAUUAUAACUCAUACUUGAGAAAAUCGGCUAGCACCAGUAAUCCGUAUACUAACAUGGUGAUAUUAAGAGGUCUCAAGGCAGCAACUCGCUAUCAAAUAGCCGUAGCAGCCUUUACGUCUAAAGGACCUGGAACCCAGUCUUACUGGCAGUCCAUAACAACAGGUGAUGUUUUAUGUCAUAAUGCUGUUAAAUUUUAGUCAAUUAUAAAAUUCUGAUUAGCGUUAAUCACCCUGCACAGAGAAGUCUUCUUUUCAUACUCAACCUCUCUAUUUAUUUAUAACUGUAAAAAUGUGUACGAAGAUAGCAAUGAAUUCUGAACAAAUUUCCAAACUUUUGCGAGACGCGGCAUUUACAUAUCGGCCAAUAGAUCUGUCAUGUAGCGUAAAAAGUGACUUAUAUGGGGAGAUGUUACCUCCUGAACAGUCAUUGUAACUACCUUGUCACGGUUUUCGACGCCAUCUUGACGAGUAGGCAAAUGUUUGAGAAAUUACAGUGAUUGUAUGAGAAUCUAAUGUCGAAUAAUUUCCGUAGAACGGCUGUUCUGAAAAAAAAUAUGAUUUGUAAACUAAAGCUUCACUCCUAAGGAUUCUCCUGGAAAAAUUUGAGGGCGUUACAUGCACUACAAGACCUAGAACAACUUUUUAAAAUUUUCUAUACAUUUGAUUGUAAGAAAGUCCCGGGAAAAUUACAGACAAAUAUAUGGAAAAUCUAAAGAAAGCUUCUGGAGAAAUUUAAGUACAUGUACACCCCCAAUUUUUUUAGGACAAUCCUUUGCUUUGUAGCUUUAGGUUACAGUUGAUACUUUGUUCAGAACAGCCGUUUUACGGAAAUUAUUCGACAUUAGAUUCUCAUACAAACACUGUAAUUUCUCACACGUUUGCCUACUCGCCAAGAUGGCGUCGAAAACCGUGACAAGGUCUAUUAGAAAAAGUAUAACCUCAAUGUUCAUCAGUUCCCCGAGAGAUCUGAAUUCAUGCUUUGGCGAGCCUGCGAGGAAGCACUGCACUUGGGGAAGUUGCCAGAAGUCACGCUAGGGCAGCACGCGAAAGGAGACGCGAGUGCGAGGUGCGGAGAAAGAAGUGGGAGCUAGCAACAAUCUCUCAUAAAUUUUCAUUUCCACCCCGGAAACCGCAGGAAACCGCAAAGCGUGAAAACUGUCACCUGAAACAAGAAAUGUGUCAGCCGUUUGUCAGUUACCUGCAUCAGUCACGAGCCAGUGACGCUAGCGUUCCAGGAGCAAAAUAUUACAAUUACAAUUACGAAGACAAGAUUACCAGAAGAAGACAAUUGGUCUGGACAUUCUGAUCUGGAUCGUAGUCUAUAAGCUUAGUCGGAGCUGCAAUCCUUGAAUUCAGCUGAGACGUGUCGCUUCUCCAAAAGUAUCUGUGCAUAUAUAUAAUCAUAUAUAUAAUAUUUCGCUUCGUCUGGGCAAAGCAGAAAUGAAAAAGAUCGUUGCAAGCCCUACUGUUCACCGCCACUUGCGGCUUCGCCAUCCGGAUGUGCACCAACAUGGCGUCCCCAUACAAAACUCUAUAAAUUUUGUGUAAAUCAUUUCUCGCUUAUGAAACAUUGUACUGACCUGAAUCUUGGCGAGAAACUUAUUUAUCUCGAUUCAUUUCCCAGAUUCUGGACUAUAUCUAGUGCAGUCUUUAUUUUUUGAUGACGCGACAGUGAAAACCAGCAAUCAACAGGAGACAUUUCCGGUUUGCGUUGCAGGUUGUGGAGGCAGCUUAAAUGAACUGUUUGGAAACUUACAAGUCGGCCGAAGAUCGUACUAUUCUCAUUCGCUACAUUGCAAUUGGAAAAUUGGCAAUGCAGGGAUCAGCCAAGCUGUUGCACUUGUGUCAUUACCGCAACUGUCUCUGUAUUAUUAUAGGUUAGUGUGAUAUAUUUAUGAACUGCCAAUUAAAAAAUUACAGUAAACACCCGAAAAUAAUUUGGAUCACACCGGAAACGCACACUAACAAUGGCAAAAAGACUCCCCCCCGCCCCCUCGGGGUGGCAACAUAAGUAAGUAAAGUAAAAGCUUUGUUAAUGUGUCAGUGUAAUAAUAAUAAUAAUAAUAAUAAUAAUAAUAAUAAUAAUGUGUAUACAAUUAAAAUAUGUAACAUGUAUAAAUUGUAUAAUAAAAGAAUAGGUGUAUAAAGGUAGUCUCUAAGAAUUGCAAAGGUUACAGCAGCUAUUGUUGUUGUUUAAGAGUGACCGUAGGUCUUUUUUCCUAAUGUUCUUUUUGAAAGAUUCAAUAUUCGAGGAGCCUUUCAAUUUAUUAUCUAGUUUCGACCAUAUAUGAGGUAUAUGGUAUCGUAUCCAUGACAAUAACAUAGACAGUCAGGUUUUAUUUACUUACAAAAGUUAGAAACAUAAUGUAUUAAUUUGAAGUGUAUUUGUUUGUUUGUUUGUUUUUUUUUUUACAGUGAAUACGUUAAGGUGAUUGAUGGCAACGGUAUCACGGUUCUCAGUCGCUAUAGAUACUCGUCUGUCACUCAGAAAACUUUCAGGGAAGUUUCUUUUGGGAAUUCUGGAAACAUCACUGUCCAGGUCUACCUAAGGCGGAGAUACAGUAACUUCAAGUUACAAUUUGGAAUUUUAAAACAAGAAUCAGGUUAGCCUUUAAUCUGCUAAAUUCGUUUGAUGCUGCUUCAAACCCUGCUACGGAAACACACAACUCUGUGCACGCUUUGCAGCAAAACAAAGAUUUGGGUAGUGCCUCUGAUUUGUUGAACAUUGGUUUCAACCCAUCGGAAUCACUAAUCACUACCCAGAUGUGUGUAGGGCAGUGACACAUCAUCACUACAGAAUUUCUGCGCUCGAUAUUCAGACAUUAUUCCGCGGGGAAAUUCCGAUGCCACCACCCCUCCCCCCCCCCCCCCCCCAUCACUCUUUUUUCCACACUCUCCAUGAAUGAUCACCGGUCUUUGAAACUUCCAAUUAUAAUUACUGUGAAGCUCAGAGAACCGUGAACACCUGAAAAAUUUCCGGAAUGUUGAUUGUGUACUGGCUAAUCACUGUAAAGUUCAGUAUACGCGAGCAAACCUCAAUCCACAAUCUAAUUACCGUUGCUGUUUGCGGUUUAGUUAUCUCGCGCCUUAUUGGCUUAUUUCUCGCAACACAGUAAGAUUCCAUAAAUAUUUCUGGUGUUCACGGUUAUGUGAGUUUCACAGUAACAUGUUAAUAUACUUUGCUCUUUUUUCUUUGUUAUUUAGCAUUUCCAUUGGCUAACUGGAGUGUUUCAUUUGACGAUGCUACUGCAAUAAGCAUCCGAUUCUCUUGGAAAAACCUGCAAACACUCGUUGGUCAACAAACAAGUCAUUACUUCAUAUUCGUCAAAGCCUCAUAUGGUAGUAGUUUAAACGAGUACAUCGUCUCAGGAAAUACUACUUCCCAUGUGUUAUCUGGACUAUCGGCAUGGAGGGAAUAUCGGUUAUCUAUUGUUGGUGUAAAUUACAGGGGGAAUGCCUACAAUAGUACAGAGAUCACAGCAUGGACAGACGAAGGAGGUAUGUGCAUUAUAUUACAAACAACUUAUUUUUAACCCCGUUGAUUCUUUGAUUUCCAUAAUGAAGCAUUAACGUUUUCAACUCCGUUCUAGCUAACAGAUCUCUAUAAUGUGUCCAUCGUCUUGUACAUAAGGACCUGAUCGAAAUUGUUGUGUCGAUUGUCUCAAUUUUGCGUGAGAGUCAUUCUCCUUCUACAAAUGAAAUGCAUUUUUUUCUCAGUCCCCAGCACAUCUCCAUCGUAUAUCCGUCUUUCAAACUUACAUUUGGCUGAGGUGAAAGUUCAGUGGAAUCCACCUUCCCAGUAUUACGCUAACGGACGUCUCCUUGGAUACAGAGUCUACUUUAGGGAAUAUAACUCUUAUUAUCAUUAUUAUUAUUAUUACUCGUAUUUGACAAGGAGUGUUAACACUAGCAGUGCUAAUGUUACUAUGGUGAUAUUGAGGGAUUUAAAGCAAGCUACAACUUACCAAAUAGCAGUGGCAGCUUUUACGUCUAAAGGCGAAGGACCACGCUCGUAUUGGAUGUCCAUAACCACAGGUAGUGCAACGUUUGAAGCCGAUACUAACUGGAAAAGUCAGACCUGUAUUAUUUAA